AUGGCAGUCAUCUCUGCUACGAGGUCUGAGGCUUUGCCAAGGGCAGAUACAUUCGAAAGCAAACAACAGCUAUUGGCUUGCAAACUGUUGAUAGAACUUUUGUCGUACCAAUUUGCAUCACCAGUGAGAUGGAUCGAGACGCAGAAAGAAAUGCUACGCAAGGCAAAUGGCAUUGAAAGAUAUGUCGAAAUCGGGCCUGCCCGAAUUUUAGCAACAAUGAUUCAAAAGAGUGCCUCUCAGGGCUAUUCGUCCCAGGCUGCAUCUCACUGGUCUCACUUCCGCUUCCUCUCUUCAGCCGACAACAAAAAUGACAUUUAUUACGAAUACUCAGAGCAAACCCAACCAGACCCCUCAGGUCGGGCAGGCGCUUCUGGAGCUAACGUGACUGUCUCUGCCAGUCUCGAAGUCAAGGUAACACCUCCGCCUGCUUCAACAAAUGUGAAUGCUAGUGUUGCGACCAGCAUGGAAGCUCCCAUCAUGGCUCCUGUCAUUGCAGCAUUAUCAGUGCCUGACGCUUCCUUACUUGCCAAUCACGUUGUGCUUGCCAUUACCGCCCAGAAGCUGAAAAAAGCCUUCGAUCAAGUGCCAAUCCAGAAAACCAUUCGCGAGCUGUCUGGAGGAAAGUCGACAUUGCAGAACGAGCUAAUUGGCGACCUUGCCGCAGAGUUCGGCAGCCUACCGGACGGCUCAGAAGAUCUUAGCCUAGAAGCACUCGGUGAAAGCUUACAAGCUUCUUUCGCAGGAAAGCCGGGCAAGCAGCUAUCGGCUCUCAUCUCCAAAUUUAUAUCCGGGAAAAUGCCUGCUGGCUUUAACCAAGCAGCGGUCCAAGAUCAUCUGCAGGAGAAAUGGGGACUGAACAAAAGCCAUGCUCUGAUCCCUAUUUCUCUAGCAGUCACUGCAGAGCCAGCUUCACGACUGCCAGAUGCCAACUCAGCAAAGGAAUUCUUUGAUGCCCAUACACUUCGCUAUGGUGCCUUUGUUGGGAUCUCUUUGACGCCGUUGACUGGCCAAGGAGGCGCCCUAGCCGUGCAAGCUACGGUGACAGUUGAUUCAGCCGGCUUGGAAGUUGCACGUAAGGAGCAGAGAGACUAUCACUUAAAGCAGUUCGAGCUCCUGGCUAAAUACCUGCAAAUCAAUCCCGACCUGGAGCACGAGAAAUUACAAGAGCUUGCGGCUUCUGAGAAACUACUGGAAGAGAAAUUGAACCGGUGGGCCGCCGAGUUUGAUGACCAUUUCUUCGACGGAAUUCAGCCCCUGUUCGACAUCCGCAAGAGCCGCACUUACGACUCCUGGUGGAACUGGGCAAGGGAGGAUCUUCUCAGACUCCUCAGUGAUUUUCUCCAUCAGCCGUUCAAUAUCGAAGGCAUCGAAAGCGAUGACAAAGUCCAGAGCCUAUUAAGCAGAUUCGAACCAAGCUGUUUAGACAUUGUCCAACGGACAAACGUUGAUCCGCAACUGAAGGCUUCUUCUGAUCUUGGCCGAGAGAUUGCAAGGCUGGGAACGACUGCUAUGGGACUUGACCCAGUCUUCAAGUACACGCUCCCCUCGAUGCGGCCAAGUACUAGUAUAACAGCCACAGGCUUGGUCGAGUACACAGAGGUGCCACGGACCAUCAACAACUACAGUUCCUUGGUAGAACAUGGUCGAUUAGCGCCGACAGGAGAGCAUAUUCCCUUUGUGCACAUUCGACGACGAGAGGACGGGCAAGAGUGGAAAUAUGAUCGAGAAUCAACAAAUCUAUUGCUCUCUGCUCUUCAGACAGGCACGACCUCAGGCAUCACCUUCACCGGCAAGACGAUUCUCGUCAUUGGUGCUGGUGCCAAUUCAAUUGGGGCAGAGGUCGUCAAGGGUCUCUUAUGUGGUGGUGCACGAGUCAUUGUGACGACCAGUCGUGCUGUCUCGAGCACUGCCAAGUUCUACCAACGCAUGUACCGCAAGCAUGGUGCUCGUGGCUCUGCCUUGUCCGUGGUUCCGUUUAAUCAAGGGAGCAGAAAGGAUUGUGAAGCCUUGAUCGAGCACAUCUACAGCCCCGGUUCAGUUAUUGGCGAGAAUCUCGAUUUCAUCAUCCCCUUCGCAGCGAUCCCAGAAAGUGGAGCCAUUGAUGGAUUAGAUAGCAAGUCAGAACUCGCCCAUCGCGCCAUGCUCACAAACAUCCUCCGACUUCUCGGGUAUAUAUGCAAACAGAAAGAAGCACGCGGUCUUGAUACCCAGCCAACGACUGUGAUUCUGCCCCUUUCGCCAAAUCAUGGUACUUUUGGCGGAGAUGGCAUGUAUGCGGAAUCUAAAUUGGGGCUUGAAACAUUGUUCAACCGCUUCCAUUCCGAGAGUUGGUCUGCUUAUCUCAACAUUUGUGGAGCUGUCAUUGGUUGGACUCGUGGAACGGGUUUGAUGAAUGCAAACAACAUCGUCGCGGAGGCAAUUGAAAGCCACGAUGUGGUUACAUUCUCGCAAGCGGAAAUGGCCUUCAACAUUCUGGCAUUGAUGACACCUGCGAUCUCCACACUUUGUGAAGACGACCCGGUUUAUGCUGACCUGAAUGGCGGCCUUCAGUUCGUGCACAACUUGAAACAAGAAAUCGUCGCCGCCCGGGAGAAAAUUACAGACACCAGCAAACUCCGCAAAGCAUUGAUACAAGAGCGCUCCCGCCACCAAGUGGUGCUCAAAGGCUCUGAAGAGCUCGAAACAAAGUCUGAGGGAGUGGAUCUUUCUGCGCGUAGGGCAAAUCUCAGCAUGGCUUUCCCACGACUCUCGACUUACGAAGAUCUGACGCAGGGUGUCAAGGAACUCGAUGGAAUGCUCGACCUCUCUCGGAUUGUGGCAGUCGUUGGGUUCUCAGAGCUUGGUCCUUGGGGAAGUGCACGAACCCGGUGGGAAAUGGAGCAUCAGAACCAGCUUUCACUUGAGGGCUAUGUCGAACUCUCCUGGAUCAUGGGCUUGGUAAAGCACAAAGAUGGUGAGGUCAAUGGAAAGCCAUAUACUGGGUGGGUCGACACCGAAACCCAGCAGCCCGUCAAAGACGAGGAGUUCAAAGAAAAGUAUCACGACAAAAUCAUGAACCACACAGGCAUACGCUUCAUCGAGUCUGAAGCCCUUGGCGGAUAUGACCCUAAACGAAAGGAAUUUCUUCACGAGAUUGUGACUGAGGACGACUUACCUGCCUUUGAAAGCUCCAAAGCAACAGCCGAAGCGUUCAAGUUGAGGUAUCAGGACAAAGUGACGAUCGAGCCAAUCUCCGGAUCCGAUGAGUAUAAGGUGCGCAUCAAGAAGGGCGCGCAUUUCCUUGUUCCUAAGGCCUCGGCCUUUGACCGAGAGAUUGCGGGCCAACUCCCCAAAGGAUGGGACCCGAAGACCUAUGGAAUUCCUGAAGAUAUCGUUCAACAGACAGACCCUGUCACUCUCUACGCCCUUUGUUGCGUUUCUGAGGCUCUUUUGUCCUCUGGGAUCCAAGAUCCAUACGAGUUGUACAAACACAUUCAUGUGUCAGAGCUAGCUAAUUGCAUCGGCACUGGAGCAGGUCCCCUCCUCGCAAUGCGCGGCGUAUAUCGCGACAGGCACCUCGAUAAGCCUGUGCAAAGCGACAUUUUGCAAGAAUCGUUCUUGAACACCAUGGGUGCCUGGAUCAACAUGCUUAUCCUAUCCUCCACAGGGCCGAUCAAGUCGCCAGUUGGUGCAUGUGCUACCGCAAUUGAAUCUCUCGAUAUUGGCUGUGAGGCGAUUCAGGGAGGCAAGUGCAAAGUAGCCAUUGUCGGCGGUUGCGACGAUUUCCAAGAAGAAAUGUCGUAUGAGUUCGCCAAAAUGAAAGCCACGGCAAGCAGCAAUGAAGAAUUUGAGAGAGGCCGGACACCGCAGGAAAUGUCACGCCCAAGUGCUGCAUCCCGUGGUGGUUUCGUUGAAUCUGCUGGUUGUGGUGUUCAAUUGCUCAUGAGUGCCGAUCUGGCACUCAAGAUGGGCCUGCCCAUAUAUGGAGUCGUCGCCUAUACUCAGAUGGCCAGUGACAAAAUUGGUCGAUCAGUACCUGCACCCGGGAAAGGAAUCUUGACGGCCGCCAGAGAGUUAUCAAGCCAUAGCGACUCACACCUCUUGGAUUUGGAAUUUCGAAGAAAUCAACUACAGGAAAGCUUCAAAUUGGUCAAGGUAUGGGAACAAUCACGUCUCGAAGAGGCAAGGCAGCGUCCAGAUUAUUCCGAGAGGAUGGCCCAGGAAAUACAUACUGCUGCUACGACUAAAAUCAGAUCAGCCAAGAGGACUUGGGGCAACGAUCUCCGCCUACAAGAUCCUCAUAUCGCACCCCUCAAGUCGUCGCUGGCCGCUUGGGGCUUGACAGUUGACGAUAUCACAGUUGCGUCAAUGCAUGGGACAUCAACCAAAGCGAAUGACACCAAUGAGGCAGAUGUAAUCAACACCCAACUGACACACCUUGGCCGCACUCGAGGUAAUCCCAUACUGGCUGUUUGUCAGAAAUCAUUGACGGGUCAUCCGAAAGGCGCGGCAGGUGCCUGGCAGUUCAACGGGUGCUUGCAAAUGCUUCAGACUGGAAUCGUGCCUGGUAACAAGAACGCCGACAAUAUCGAAGGCAAGUUGAGGCAAUACGAACACAUCGUGUAUCCCAUGGAGGCCAUCAGACCAAGCAGCGUUGACGCCACAAUGCUGACAUCAUUUGGGUUCGGCCAAAAUGGUGGUAUCGCAAUCGCCGUGGCAUCAAAGUACCUUUUCUCUGCAGCUGGUAAGGCCGCUUUCAAUGAAUACAGAGCCCGUGCGACCACGAGACAACGUACUGGCAAUAUUGCAUUCCAGAGAGCAUUGAUGAGUAACUCCAUCUUCAAGGCCAAAGAACGUUCACCAUGGGACAGUUCCGAUGCAAGGCUAAAGGAAGUUCUCCUGAAUCCUCGAGCCCGCGUCUCGCGGACCGAGAGUUCAGACACUUUCACUUUCAAAGACGCGUUGUCGAUUUCCGACGUCGCCUCGGCCGUCAACACUCCACGCGAAGAAAUGGCUCAGGAGAUGUUACUCUUCAGCUCUGUCCAUUCCAUGCUCGGCGCGUCUUCCCUUGCCCCUCCGAGCCAGCAGUCGGUCGGCAUUGAUGUCGAAAACAUUGUCGAUGUUCCGGUCGACAAUGAGAACUUUAUUGGGCGUAACUUCACCGUGAUGGAGCGUGAGCUCUGCAGUUCGAAGCCUGACCCAAGGGCGUCGUAUGCAGGGCGCUGGUGUGCUAAAGAAGCCGUGAUGAAGAGUCUUCAAAUUGCGUCACGAGGACCCGGCGCAGCUAUGGACGAAAUUGAGAUUCUCCAUGAUGAUUUCGGAGUUCCCAAGGUCGAGCUCUUCGGCAAGACCAAGGAGGCCGCAGAGGCAAAAGGUGUGAGUGCGGUACAGGUCAGCAUUACGCACUCGGCAGGCACAGCGACAGCGAUAGCACUGGCAUCGAGAGGGUCAUGA